ACAGUUUUGUAAACAUGCGAGGGGAUUCUAACCUGUAGUCAACAUUUUAAAUGUUGUUAGUUGGAAGAAUUAUGAGAGAAAUUAUUUAAAUGAUUUUCUUAGUGGAGUAAUUGGUUUAUUUGGAUUUCUGAUCGAUUGUUGGGGGAAAAUGGAGGUGUUGAAGGAAAACACAGCGUAUCUCAGUAACUUCGAGGUUCUCGAAAUUCUCAAACAGAUAAAGGGAAAUAAAAAGCACAAGUCGAGAAAUCAACUUGCGACGAUAACGUACCAGACUGUGAGGUACCUGGAGGACACCCCCUGCAAGAAGCAGAAUCCGGAGAAGAUCAAGGAGUUUCUGAAGGCCGUCGAGGGGUUCAAAUUAACCAAGUGUGAAAAAUUGACGCUCAUCAAUUUGUGCCCCAAAACUGCCAUAGAAAUUCAAUUGAUUAUAGAAGAAAGUGAAGAUCGUCUAUCGGAGGAGCAAAUAGAGUCCCUCCUCCAGGUGAUCUCAACCCACCUAGACGAGCCCGAGGAGGUGGAGGAAGAACCAGGGGAGGCAGAGUAGACGAUUCAAUUUAUUUACAUCUUAUUACGAGAGAAAAAAAUUAUAUUCCAUUACAUCGAGGGAAUUUCACCAUAAAUAUUGUGCGAGUAGUUCAGCUAAUCGAUUAAUUAUCUCUUCUGAUCCCCGAGGUCGUCUAUCGAGUCCUCGUCGAUCUGAAAAAAAAAACGAGCAAAACCGUUAUAUCCGCACAGUCAUUUUUUACCAUUAAAAUAAAAAAUGGAAAAUUAAUUUUUA